AUAGCUUGUUGCUUCUUUUAAUUGCAUAUGCAUUAGCUCAGCCACAGCACUAUAAUGACAUUUGACCACGUGAUCUCUUCAUGCCGCUCACGUGAUCGUUUUCCUCCUAUCUCCACCCUUCUGAUCAUUGGCUUCCUGUCUGUUUCUCCCAUGUGCAGCUGUUGUAUUCAUCUAUGAGUAUCUUCCUAUCGGCAGGCUGGUUCCAACAAUGCCACUUGUUGUGAUGUGUGGAUUCCCUUGCAGCGGAAAGAGUCGUAGAGCAUUAGAGCUGAAGGAACACUUGGAGCAGAAAGGAAAAAAAGUUUAUAUUGCUGGAGACCAUGAACUGGGAGUAGAUAGGAAUUCUGUGUAUACAGAACUUUGCCGCAUCGGAGACAUAGGACUGUACAGUACACCAGAUCUGCGAUCUUGUCAGCCCAUCCUGUACAGUUGCCAAGGGAACCUGCCAGAUUCACGAAAAGAAAAGGAUCUACGUGGAGCUUUAAGGGCUGAAGUUGAAAGGAAAUUAAAUAAAGAAGAUGUUGUCAUCCUGGAUUCUCUCAACUAUAUUAAAGGUUAUAGAUACGAGCUGUUUUGUCUUAUUAAACAUGCACAGACCCCACACUGCCUGAUUUAUUGUCUCACAUCUACAGACAUCAGCUCCAGCUGGAACCAAGACAGGCAUCAGGAUAACCAGUAUACACAAGCAGUAUUUGAUGCUUUGGUGCAGAGGUUUGAGGCUCCAGAUUCUCGAAAUCGCUGGGACAGCCCCCUCUUUACUGUGCAUAUGGAGGAUGUGCUGCCACUGGAACAAAUCAGUAAUGCAAUUUUUCACAGGAAAGCACCUCCACCCAACCAGUCUACACAAACACAACCUUUGUCCUCAACAAAUUUUCUGCAUGAGUUGGACAAGGUGACUCAGGAGGUUGUGACUGCUAUUUUAAGUGCCCAGAAAACCAGUGUACCAGGAGAUAUCAUUAUGGUACCAGGAGCCACCGAGAAAAUGCAGCUACCACAUAUCCUAAAUAUGUCUGAGCUGCGGAGGCUUCGCCAGCAGUUCAUCAGUUACACCAAACUUCAUCCCAAUGAGAACAUCUCACAGCUUGCAAAUAUGUUUGUACAGUACCUGAACCAAAGCAUCCGCUGAAAAGACGGUCGGCAGGAGCUGCUCACGUCACACAAUCUGCUGCUGUUUACAGUGCUUUAGUGGUUUUUAAAAGACAAGUUUGACGAGUUUGACAUUUUGAUGCUUUUAAUAAUCUGUCUGCUGUUUCUUCAAUAAAAUGACAACUUUUAUUUAUG